AUGGCCUUAGCCAUGAUCCUUCUUGGGGAACUCACCAUGGCGGCUCUCAUCUUCUUCAUCAACUACCUUUUAACUCGGUCUUUGAUCAGAAAAUUGUUCCAUAAACUCCCUCCAGGCCCUCGAGGGUGGCCGAUCAUUGGUGCUAUUCCCCUCCUAGGAACCAUGCCCCAUGUCACAUUAGCCAAAAUGGCCAAAAGAUAUGGCCCCGUCAUGUACCUGAAAAUGGGUACUUGUAACAUGGUUGUGGCCUCCACCCCAGAUGCAGCUCGAGCCUUCCUCAAAACCCUAGACCUAAAUUUCUCAAACCGUCCCCCAAAUGCGGGUGCAACUCAUUUAGCCUAUAAUGCACAAGACAUGGUCUUUGCAGAUUACGGACCAAGGUGGAAAUUGUUACGCAAAUUAAGUAACUUACACAUGCUAGGUGGUAAAGCUUUAGAGGAUUGGGCUCAUGUCCGAGUAACCGAGCUAGGCCACAUGCUCCGAGCCAUGAGCGAGGCUAGCCAAAGAGGCGAACCGGUGGUGGUGCCAGAAAUGUUGACCUAUGGUAUGGCAAAUAUGAUAGGCCAAAUUAUACUUAGUCGUCGUGUGUUUGUUACAAAAGGUUCAGAGUCUAAUGAGUUCAAGGACAUGGUAGUGGAGCUGAUGACAAGCGCAGGAUUUUUCAAUAUCGGUGAUUUUAUACCGUCGGUUGCUUGGUUGGAUUUACAAGGAAUUGAACGUGGGAUGAAGAAAUUACAUGGAAGGUUUGAUGUGUUAUUGACAAAAAUGAUGGAGGAGCAUAUGGCAACGGCUCACGAACGCAAGGGAAAGCCGGAUUUCCUUGACGUUCUCAUGGCUAACCAAGAAAAUUUGGAUGGUGAGAGGCUUAGUUUUACCAACAUUAAGGCUCUUCUUUUGAACUUAUUCACCGCCGGCACUGACACCUCCUCAAGCAUAAUCGAAUGGGCACUGGCUGAAAUGUUGAAAAACCCUCGCAUCCUCAAACAAGCUCAAGAUGAGAUGGAUCAAGUCAUUGGUCUGAACCGACGACUACAGGAAUCCGACAUACCAAAACUUCCAUACCUGCAAGCCAUAUGUAAAGAAGCAUUCCGAAAACAUCCAUCAACACCUCUAAACCUACCCAGGAUUGCAGACCAAGCAUGUGAAGUGAAUGGAUAUUAUAUCCCCAAAGGCACCAGACUCAGUGUCAACAUCUGGGCAAUAGGAAGAGAUCCUAAUGUAUGGGACAAUCCACUAGACUUUACACCUGAAAGAUUUUUUAGUGAGAAAUAUGCAAAAAUCAACCCUCGAGGAAAUGAUUUUGAGCUAAUUCCGUUUGGAGCAGGGAGAAGAAUUUGUGCUGGGACUAGAAUGGGAAUUGUGCUGGUACAGUACAUUUUAGGCACAUUGGUGCACUCUUUCGAUUGGAAAUUGCCAAAAGAUGUGGAGCUCAACAUGGAUGAGGCCUUUGGUCUAGCAUUGCAGAAGGCUGUCCCCCUUUCCGCUAUGGUUAAUCCACGCCUAGAACCUAACGCAUAUCCUGCCUAA